AUGACUACCACUGAAACACCUAUUUAUAUAGUGGUGGCGCCCAAGCAUUUGAGCCCAAACACCCGGUACCACAUCAGCGUAUCGGUGUAUCGGGUAAGUCGUCCUUUACAAGUAGAUGUGAGAGUCAUGGGAAGUACAGAUAACAGCGCCAGUGGGUCAGUAAACUUCGAUAAAUCCGAUACCAAAACACUUAGCCUAGAGAUCGGCGACUGGUCUAUUGGGGACUACACACUAGAAGUGGACGUUGGUAACAGGAUAACUGUGCCAUUCAAACCGCUUGUUGGGUCAACGAGCGCAUCUAUACUUGAUAGACACAGGGCACUUGUGCUUAAACCUACCAAGACAUUAGUUUUCAUUCAAACUGAUAAACCCGUAUAUAAACCUGGUCAAUUGGUUCAGUUCAGAGCCAUUGUGGUCGACCCUUCACUGGUACCCAAAGUCAACCCAUUGGUUGACAUAUACAUCAAAGACGAAAACAGAAAUCGCAUCAAACAAUGGACUCAAGUGUGGGUCAAGAAUGGUGUGGUCUCUCGGGAACUCCAACUGUCAGAAAAACCAGUUUUAGGCAAUUGGGCAAUAAUUGUGGACAUUAAGGGACAGACAUUUCAGAGGAACUUUGAAGUGGCCGAGUAUGUGUUGCCCACGUUUGAGGUGCAGGUAUUACUGCCACCCUUUGCCACUUAUAAUAAGCCCGAUGUGGUCGCCACAGUCACAGCCCAUUAUACGUACGGACAGCCAGUUAAGGGAGACCUCACUCUCACUGUUCAAACGAAAAAUGCAGAUAUUGACUUCACGGCAGUGGUCAGGGAGGGAGUGACCGGAAAGGAGUAUACAAAAUGCAAUUCAUUGAGACUCUAUGAUAAAGACUAUAAAGUGGAGGCCACCAACAAAAGCCACUUUAAGCCGGGACUCAAAUACACGGCCCUAUUUAAAGUGGUUCAUCCGGACGACAUUCCCGUGGAUGAUAACGGCCCUCCAGUGACACUCAAAUACGGCUAUUCUUAUCAUAACAAACCGCUUGAAUUCACUGAAAGUCUGAUCUUACAGCCAAUCCAUGGACUCAUUAGGGCUGAGAUAUAUCCGCCUAAAGACGCAAAAGUUUUAAGAUUUAAUAGCACUUAUAUGCUAUACGUCUACUUACACUACAACAUCUUAAGGGCUGAGUCCCCGACCGGGAACUACAUCCAAGUGGAGAGGUGUGAUUUCAUGGAUGUAAGGGUUGGCCAUGAGGUCAAAUUCUGUGUCACGGCUACAGAACCCCUCACACGUAUUGUGUAUGAAGUGAUAGGAGGAGGAGAUAUUGUGCUGACACACAGUCUCGACAUUCCGGGGAACAGUAGUUCACACGAGUUCUCUGUGAUGGCUGUCCACAGAAUGGCACUUGCAGACUCAAAGUUGCGGACAAAGACUAUAAUCAAUGGAAGUGUUGACAUUCCCAUCAAUAUUGUGAAAGAUUUAGAUAUAGAUAUAGAUCAGCAAAAAUAUCGAUAUGGCGUUGACAUUGAAUUCACGGCAGUGGUCAGGGAGGGAGUGACCGGAAAGGAGUAUACAAAAUGCAAUUCAUUGAGACUCUAUGAUAAAGACUAUAAAGUGGAGGCCACCAACAAAAGCCACUUUAAGCCGGGACUCAAAUACACGGCUCUAUUUAAAGUGGUUCAUCCGGACGACACUCCCGUUGAUGAUAACGGCCCUCCACCAAUCCAUGGACUCAUUAGGGCUGAGAUAUAUCCGCCUAAAGACGCAAAAGUUUUACGAUUUAAUAGCACUUAUAUGCUAUACGUCUACUCACACGACAUCUAUAGUGCUGAGUCCCCGACCGGGAACUACAUCCAAGUGGAGAGAUGUGAUGUCAUGGAUGUAAGGGUUGGACAUGAGAUCAAAUUCCGUGUCACGGCUACCGAACCCCUCACACGCAUUGUGUAUGAAGUGAUAGGAGGAGGAGAUAUCGUGAUGACACACAGUCUCGACAUUCCGGGGAACAGUAGUUCAUAUGAGUUCUCUGUGAUGGCUGUCCACAGAAUGGCACCGAAAGCAAGGAUUUUAUGUUAUUAUGUGAGAGAAGACAACGAGGAAGUGGUGGCCGACGCCAUGGACUUUGAAGUGGACGGACUGUUCAGAACUGACGUGUCGAUCGACACCGACCUUAAGGAGGCAGAGCCGGGAGCACAGGUAGCUGUGAGAGUGAAUACAAAGCCGGAUACCAAAACACUUAGCCUAGAGAUCGGCGACUGGUCAAUUGGGGACUACACACUAGCCGUGGACAUUGGUAGCGGGAUAACUGUGCCAUUCAAACCGCUUUUUGGGUCAACGAGUGCAUCUAUACUUGAUAGACACAGGGCACUUGUGUUUAAACCUACCAAGACAUUAGUUUUCAUUCAAACUGAUAAACCCAUAUAUAAACCUGGUCAGUUGGUUCAGUUCAGAGCCAUUGUGGUCGACCCUUCACUGGUACCCAAAGUCAACACAUUGGUUGACAUAUACAUCAAAGACGAAAACAGAAAUUGUAUCAAACAAUGGACUCAAGUGUUGGUCACGAAUGGUGUGGUCUCUCGGGAACUCCAACUGUCAGAACAACCAGUUUUAGGCAAUUGGGCCAUAACUGUGGACAUUAAUGGACAGACAUUUCAAAGGAAUUUUGAAGUGGCCGAGUAUAUGUUGCCCACGUUUGAGGUGCAGGUAUUACUGCCACCCUUUGCCACCUUUAAUAAGCCCGAUGCGGUCGCCACAGUCACAGCCCAUUAUACGUACGGACAGCCAGUUAAGGGAGACCUCACUCUCACUGUAGAAGCAAAAUAUGAACACUUAAAGUUGCGGACAAAGACUGUAAUCAAUGGAUGUGUUGAUAUUCCCAUCAAUGUUGUGAAAGAUUUAGAUAUAGAUCAGCAAAGAUAUCGAUAUGACAUAGACGUUGAAUUCACGGCAGUGGUCAGGGAGGCUGUGACCGGAAAGGAGUAUACAAAAUGCAAUUCAUUGAGACUCUAUGAUAAAGACUAUAAAGUGGAGGCCAUCAACAAAAGCCACUUUAAACCGGGACUCAAAUACACGGCCGAUAAAUUUCACCAAGUAGGCCUGCUGGCUGAGAUAUAUCCGCCUAAAGACGCAAAACCAAUCCAUGGACUCAUUAGGGCUGAGAUAUAUCCGCCUAAAGACGCAAAAGUUUUACGAUUUAAUAGCACUUAUAUGCUAUACGUCUACUCACACAACAUCUAUAGUGCUGAGUCCCCGACCGGGAACUACAUCCAAGUGGAGAGAUGUGAUGUCAUGGAUGUAAGGGUUGGACAUGAGGUCAAAUUCUGUGUCACGGCUACAGAACCCCUCACACGCAUUGUGUAUGAAGUGAUAGGAGGAGGAGAUAUCGUGAUGACACACAGUCUCGACAUUCCGGGGAACAGUAGUUCACACGAGUUCUCUGUGAUGGCUGUCCACAGAAUGGCACCGAAAGCAAGGAUUUUAUGUUAUUAUGUGAGAGAAGACAAUGAAGAAGUGGUGGCCGACGCCAUCGACUUCGAAGUGGACGGACUGUUCAGAACUGACGUGUCGAUCGACACUGACCUUAAGGAGGCAGAGCCGGGAGCACAGGUAGCUGUGAGAGUGAAUACAAAGCCGGACGCGUGGGUGGGUAUAGUAGGUGUCGAUCAGAGCGUACUUUUGCUGAAAUCAGGUAAUGAUAUGACUCGCGAAGCCGUGAUCCAAGAGUUGCAGACAUACGACACAACAUUUACAGACAAUUAUUGGGAUGGCUUCACAUCCACUGCACAAAAACUAUUCAAUUUGUCGGGUGUUGUGGUCAUAUCUAAUGGUCUCCCUUAUAAACCCGAUAUAGACGAUGUCUUAAGAUCUAGAUCACUGUCACCCAAAAUCAAUGAGUUGAGAAUGAUGGCCGUAGAAAUGGUCAGCAAGGUAGGAUCACAAUCAGCACAGUUGGAUCGCAUACCCCAAGCUUCUCCCCAAAGUAUUCAAACCAAUAUGACCACUAUUGUUGAAACUAGAAAACAUUUUCCCGAAACUUGGUUAUGGACCUCAAUGCAAACAGGGAGUAAUGGUUGCGCUGUUAUCAAGAGCACAAUCCCCGACACAAUCACCUCGUGGUUCAUCAGCGCAUUCGCUAUGCAUAUGGAGACUGGUCUGGGCAUUUCACCCACACCUACGAAGGUCACAGUUUUCCGACCGUUUUUCAUCAAACUAUCGCUGCCUUACUCUAUAAUAAGAGACGAAACGGUAGCCAUUGAGGCCAUUGUCUUCAAUUACACCACAAAACCAAUUGAAUCGGAAGUAGUAUUUGAUAACAAGAAGCAAGAGUUUGAAUUUAGCGAUCAAUUGGACAUAAAAGGCGUGAAUGUCUCUGAAAUGAGACAAUUGGUGUCAAUUCCUGCCAACGAUGGCGUUUCGGUCACAUUCACGAUAACACCCAAAAUUAUGGGGUAUAUUGACAUCAAACUGACGGCUAACUCAGCCAUGGCUGGAGACUCUGUGCUCAGGAAACUACUGGUGAAACCCGAGGGUCAGACACAACACUUUAAUCAAUCAGUUCUCGUGGAUCUCAAAGAAUCGGCGAAUGUAUUGACGAAAAAUGUCUCAAUAGUUAUCCCGAAGAUAGCGGUUCCCGGCUCUCAGAAAGUAUGGGUGACAGCCAUUGGGGACAUAAUGGGACCCAUUGUUCAUAAUUUGGAUGAUUUACUGCAAAUGCCAUAUGGAUGUGGCGAACAGAAUAUGAUGUAA